AUUCUGUUAUUUGAAACCCGUCAAAAUUGAGUACCACCGGUGAAAAUACAGGCAAAAUGGCGUCAAAAGAACAGCAGCCAACCAUUGGAGAUGACUCCCUGUAUCCCAUAGCUGUACUCGUUGAUGAGCUGAGACACGAAGAUGUAACGAGGAGACUGCUAAGCAUUAAAAAGCUGUCUACAAUCGCUUUAGCAUUGGGUGAAGAAAGAACAAGGGCAGAACUUAUACCAUUCCUUACAGAUACCAUUUAUGAUGAAGACGAAGUCCUUUUGGCAUUGGCAGAGCAGCUUGGUACUUUUACUCCCUUCGUCGGUGGCCAAGAACAUGUAUCUUGUUUAUUGCCUCCCCUGGAAAGUUUAGCCACCGUUGAAGAGACCGUAGUGAGGGAUAAAGCCGUGGAAAGCUUGCGUAAUCUUUCCGGUGAACACAGCACAGCUGACUUAGAGAAUCAAUUUAUCCCAAUGGUCAAACGUCUGGCGGGUGGGGACUGGUUUACAUCACGGACGUCGGCAUGCGGCCUCUUUAGCGUCUGUUACACAAGAUGCAAGAAUACGUAUAAAGCAGAGUUAAGAUCACUGUUCAACAAUCUAUGUAGUGAUGACACCCCUAUGGUAAGGAGAGCUGCUGCCAGUAAACUGGGUGAAUUUGCCAAAGUAGUAGAAAGCGAAUAUGUCAAGUCUGAUCUCAUUCCUAUGUUCAACAACCUAGCGAGUGACGAACAGCAAGACUCGGUGCGACUGUUAGCCGUGGAAGCUUGUGUGAACAUUGCCUCUCUACUGCCGCAAAAGGAUAAGGAAGACCUCAUCAUGCCCACUAUGAGAGGCUGCGCAGAAGAUAAGUCAUGGAGAGUGCGGUAUAUGGUUGCAGAUAAGUUCACAGAGUUACAAGAUGCAGUGGGUCCCGAAAUAACCAAGAACGACCUGGUGCGGGCCUUCAAGGGUCUCCUGAAAGACUGCGAGGCAGAGGUCAGAGCAGCCGCUGCUCACAAAGUCAAGGCGUUCUGUGAGCACCUGUCCGAAGACAUGAGGGAGGAGGCCAUCAUGACAGAGCUUCUGCCCUGUAUCAAGGACCUUGUAAGUGACCCUAAUCAGCAUGUGAAGAGCGCUCUUGCUUCCGUCAUCAUGGGACUUUCGCCUAUUCUUGGGAAGGAGAGGACUAUAGAGCACUUGUUACCGCUGUUCUUGAUUGCACUGAAGGACGAAUGCCCCGAGGUCAGGCUGAACAUCAUCAGUAACCUUGACUGUGUCAACAAGGUCAUUGGCAUCAGCCAACUAGCACAGUCCCUACUCCCAGCCAUCGUAGAACUGGCGGAGGACAACAAAUGGAGGGUUCGACUUGCUAUCAUAGAGUACAUGCCACUACUAGCUUCACAACUGGGUGUAGAGUUCUAUGAUGAAAAGCUGAAUAAUCUAUGUAUGUCAUGGCUCGUUGACAAUGUAUAUGCCAUCAGAGAAGCUGCUACACUCAAUCUCAAGAAACUUGUAGAAGAGUUUGGUUCAUCAUGGGCACAGACUACCAUUAUCCCGAAGAUCCUAGCCAUGUCUAAGGAUCCCAACUAUCUUCAUCGUAUGACAUGUCUUUUCUCUGUCAACGUCCUCAUCGACGUCGUUGAUCAGCAUGUCGUUAAAAAUUUAAUGUUGCCUACUAUCAUCUCUCUUGUUGGCGAUCCUGUCGCCAAUGUCCGCUUUAACGUUGCCAAGACUUUCCAGAAGAUGGUACCACUCAUUGAAAAAAACUCUCAAAGCGAUAUCAAAGCGGCGCUGGAUAAGCUGAAUGCUGAUUCUGAUCUUGAUGUCAAAUAUUAUGCUUCAGAAGCUUUGACAGUGAUGUAAGGAUAGACCCUGAGACAGGAUCAGCUACCAGUUUGUCGGCCUGCUGCCCGGAGCCAUGGUAGAUAUAUAAUAAAAUAACUUCUGGAUUUAUAAAAUGAAAUGAAAUCAGACACUGUCCUGAGAUGUCACUUCUGAUGUGUCUUGAGGGUUGUUUAAUACAGAUCAUUCUUUUAUUGUGCUCGUGGCAUGGCAGACUCCAGAGUCAAAGAAAUUAUUGAACUAUAACAAGCUGUGUGACUUUUUAACAUAUUUCAUGUACUUUGCAUCCUUAUGAGAUAAGGCAUAGCGAUCGAAUUGCAGUUGAUUUUCAUGAUUAAUUCCAUACAAUGAUCAAGAAAUUAAUUGUAAAAAUCCACACUAUGUUCUCUCGCUGUGCUUUUUGUCACUAGGCCUGAUUUUGCUUUAACAUCGGUAAAUGGAACCAUAUUUUCAAUUUUGAAGAGCUUGUAUGCUGCUGAAGAGGGCAAAAUUGAAUUAUAGUCUGGUAUUUUAUAGUCUUCUGACAAGAUAUCAACACAUUAAACAGCAUAUGAUUUGAUUUUAUUUAUUAUCCUUUAUAACAGAGGAAGUUUAUCCUCAAAUGAAAUAAUUUGUUAACUCAAGCAGAAACCUGGUGAAACAGAUCUAUGACAUUUGGCAAAAUCCAACAUAGAAUAAAAAAAAAUGGAGGUCAUAUCGUAUGAUGUCACAUGUGAGUUGCUUUCUCAUAAUUUCUCAUGCUUUAACCACUGUUUUUAUGAAAAUUCUAAGAUAUGUUAGCUGCGAGACUGUAUUUCCAAUCAUGUGAAAUUCUUAUUACUUUAACUUGUUAGGAAUACAUGUAGCACACAUUGCACUUCUGGGGAGUGUUUCACAAAAAGCUUUGUCAGUGAUAUUUACUGAUUAAUUUGCUCUUGGCCAAUCGGAUGCAAGGAUUUUCAGUGGCUUACAUGUACAUCUGUCAGUGAAAGUCAGUGACAAACCUUUCAUGAGUCACCCCCCCCUCAAAGAAAAAAAAACAUACAUGUAGUUCACAUCAGUUUACACAGGUAUUAGAUUUAUUACACACAGUCAGUGGCGGACUGUGACCUGGGGAGCAUUUCAUGAAAGGACUUGUCAGGCGUUUUAUCCGACAAGUCCCAUUUUAUCCGACAGUUACCAUAGGAACAGUGCCUCCCAGCCAAUCAACAUCAGGGAAAGAUGUCAGACCUGACAACUUGUCGGAAAAAAAUGUUGAUGAAACGCUCCCCUGGAGGAGACAAUGAUUGGAGGGGCACUGUAUUGUUUGUGAACAAUGCUGUCCCCCUCCAGUGCUUUGUCUCCUCCGUGUCACGGUCCGCCACUGCACAUAGUAUGCAGAACUGUUCCAGUCGUACCUUGCAUGUGUAAUUUCUAUUAACGCCCUCGAUGAUGGGCUUUAUAAUAUUUCUUGUCAUUGUUGCUACAAACUCCGCUGCUUUAUAGCCAUAGCAUAAUAAUCUUACCUUUGAGCUAGAUGAGCAAUAUUGGGACUGCUUCCUCUAGGUAAUCUACGUGUUCAGCUGUGUUUUAAUAACUUAAUAAUAUGCAGCAAAUCCAUCCUAAGGUUUGACCCUAGCAUUGAGGCACCAUUGUACCCUUUGUUUUACGGUUGAUUGUACAUUGUAGUCAAUGGAGUCAGUCGUGAAAAUUUGUUCUGCGAUCAUUGCUAAGCUUUGUGUUAUGGGCUGUUUGCCCGGAAGCACAUCUGAUGGUUCAUUAAAAAUAAAAAGCAAAAUUUUUUUUUGUUUUUACUAUUUGAAAUUGACUGUUACACAUCGAAUAUGAACAUUGUCAUGGACCUUGUAAUGCAGAGCCUGCCAAUUAUUGUAGAAUAAUAUUUCACAAUUGAUUGCACUGACCAAAAUAUAUAUACCAGUAAACAGUUUGAAAAUUGGGCUUGCAAAAAUUACUGAGAUAUUUUGUUACGGGACCCAACCUAGUUAUGUAAUCAUUCUGCAAAUGAUUUGUUGCUGUUAUUAACAUGAUUGCACAGACUGUAUUCGGUGUACAGGGGCUUGUAACACAAAGCUUAGCAAUGAUUGUACAUGUAAUGCAGAACAUUUUUCUAAGAUAGAUUGCAUUGACUACAAUGGACAAUCGACCAUGAAAAUCAAGCGUACAACUAACUGCUAACCUUUAUGUUACGGGACCUGGGCUCCGUAACACAAAGGUUUGCAAUCAAUAGCUAAAUACCAAUGACCAAUCAAGAUCAUCGUUGCAUGCGCGCUCUGUUUAAAAUACUGGCCGGGAGCCAAUCAGUGUGGCUCUUUCAUAUUUGCAAUUCAUCGCAAACCUUUGUUACGGGACCAGGUGUCUUCAUAGUUCUUCUGAUGUGGAUUAGUUGUGUAUGUUAUUUAAUUUUAUCCUCAGUGCUAAAAUGACGAAUCUUGUGUGAAUAAUGUACAUAAAUACUUGGUAUUAAAGAGAGAUUAAAAUAAUAUGUUGGAGAUAAAUUUUGCACAACAUUUUUUGUUGACUUUUUGAUGUAGGGAGGGUUUUGCAUUGAUUUUUUUUCUUUCAAAUAUAUGUUAUUAAAUUAUUGCUUGAAAAGCACAUUAGAUUUUUUUUAAUAUACACAAUGACUAUCCAAAUAGAGAUGUGUUUUGAUUGAAAGAAAAAUCAUCAUAACAUUUUUGCAGGAUAUUUCAAUUGGGUGUUGCAACUUGCUAGAAUUAAUGAAUUAUCAAUUAAAAUAUUAAAUGUAAUUUUCACUUGCACUCGAGUUCAUAUGUUCUUUAGGGGUAUGCUUUAUAUGUCUUGUUGUUUUCCCAAAGUUAGUUGAGGUCAUAUUUGCAGAGAUUACGAGUCGUCAUUUGACAUGUAUAUUUAGUUGUUGGAAGUUGUAAUUUCCAUGUUUACUGUGCAAAUACGAAAUGCAUAUAUACAUGUAUGCAAACUUAUGUUUUCAUAGUGAAUGUUCAUGUUAAAAAAAUAAUUCAUUGAAGUCCUUUACAAUAUUCAUUUUAGGGUUGGAUGGGGCACGACCGUCACCAACACUACAGCCACCAGACCAGCUUCAGUUCUUUAUCUGAUCAAAAUAUUUUAACCUCAAACUUAAAUUGAUACAGUGGAAAUGGUUUAAUAAGCAUUCUGUGUUCUUGUUCACUCUAUAACCUUUUGGUUAACUUUCAUGCCUGACAAAGUAAAAUGCAGUUUAGAAAAAAAAGUAAAUGAAAUUGGUGUGAACCAUUCCAAGGGGACUGUUUGCACCAUUCAUUUUUGUCAUGAAUAUCUGAUAAGCAAAACAAGGAUCAGGUUAAUUGACAUUCAUUCAGCAGGAUUCUUGCUAAAAAGACAUGGUCAGAAAAGGCUAAAAUGUAUCUAACAUUAGGCUGGCCCAUGUGCUAUGUACUUUAACUUUUGUAGGAUGGGAAAAUCUUUAAUAAUUUGUAUGUUUAAUACGUUAUUUUUUUGUUUUUAUAUUUCAUCACAUUAACAUUAGCACACAUUACAUACUGUGUGUUGGCCUAUGUGUUCAUUGAUCACCUGCUGAUCCUCAAAUUGGCAACAGAGAUAGAUUUUUCUUACACGGUGUCUUCGAAAUAUUGUGGUGUAUUGUGUAUGAAAAUUACAGAUGAGAAUGUAUCUCAAGUUUGAUAAAUAUUGGGAUAUUAAAAAAAAGAGAGAGAAAAUUGAAGAUGGUGAUGGAAAACAUUUUAAGGACUUAUCAAGUUCACCAUUUAUGAAGAAUUCACAGUAUUAUCGGAAGUUCUAUAAAUAUGAGGAAAUAUCGAAUUGGGUCCCUUGGUAUAAAGGAUGCAGUUUGUCUAUUUUCUUCAUUUCAAGUACAUCUGUGUAUAUGUACACUGUGCUUUAUAUUGUUACAGUUCUGAAUUACUGAACCAAACCUUUUAAAAUGUUGUGAAUGAUUUGGUUUCUAAUGUGAGCCAAAUUUUUAAAGGAUACAGGACUGAUCAAUUGAAUUCAUCAGCUUUUUCUGUGCAGUUUAGUUUGAUUUUUUCAUGAGAUAUUGAAUACUAACAUGGGGUUGAUCAGCUUAAAUUUGAAGUUCAGUUGUAUUGUAAAACCCUUAACAGGAAAAUUUUACAAUUUCUGUAAUACAUGUACACUGUAUUACAUGUGCGUCAGAAGUAUAUUGUGUUUAUUCAGUUUGUGUAUGUUUGAAAUAAAAAAAAAAUUGAAAAGUUUCUUUAAACUACAAAUACUCUCAACUUUUAGGAACUGUAAAAUAUGAGAGCAAAUUAUCACCUAAUUUAGAAAUUGUGCAGCAAAACUUUGCUUCUAUUUAGCAACGAUAACUGGUCAUAUGUGACGUCAGUUGAUUUUCUGCUGAUAUGCAGUGAUACCGAAUUUGUAUUGUGCCAUUUAUCUGGGAAACGUUUUAUAUAUAAUCAAUGCGUGUUGAACACCCCGUUUCAGAUUUAGAAAGAAGCCAUCGAUAUCCACCUUCCUUAUUGCAUAUACAUGUAUACUAUAUUUUAACCUAACAUUAUGUAUUUGUCUACUGAGAUGCAAAUUACAUUUAAAACACCAGCACUAUUCAUUAGCAGGAUAUACAGUGAAAAUGCCAUGCUAUCAUAAAUAUUACAAGUUGUGCAAAAUUGAUUAGAAAACAAAGUGAGAAUUGUGUGGAUAAGUGGUGGAAUUACCAAAAAAAAAAAAUGCUGUCAUAUGUAUGUUUGUAAAUUAUUUGAACUUGUGUCAUUACCUUAGAGCUACGCUGUGGCUUGGUCGAAUGGACAGUUUUGUUUGUGUUUCUAUAACUGACAUUGUGAUAGCGUGGUAGUCUUGUAUUAGUAUGCACACAGGCCUAUUUGUAAUAAUGACUUCAUUAUCUAGAAAUGAAUAAAUAUUCUGUCUACCACCA